UGGGAGUUGGCCUAAACAUGAGGACACCAAAAGUCAGAGUGAAGCUUGUCCCUUAUAUAUUAAGAUCAUGAAAGCAAGAAAACAGAGCAAAGAGUUAUAAGAGAAAGAAUGAAAGGAAGAAACAAAGGAACAGAGAGAUGCAAAAGUUAGUUGGUCACCAACCAUAGAAUCAUUCCUCAUCCUACAAAGGAGACUUCCAAAUAAGAAUCUUCCAAAAAGAAGACUAGCAGUCCCAACUUUGAAGGUAAACAACAUAUAUAUACACCUUUCCCAUUCUUUCUAAAUCAAAGAAGGAGAAAAACCAUGCAUCCUCUGUUCCUAGUCUUCUUCCUCUUUUACACAAGCUACGCCCAUAAACACCAGCUAAACACCACCUCAUGGCACGCCUUGGGAAAACUAGUGAACGCCGAGCGGGGGGCCAACGUGACCGGUGUCUCAGACUUGAAACGCUAUCUCAAUCGGUUCGGUUAUCUCCGCAAGAACGCCAACUACACGGACGUGUUCGAUGUCUCUUUAGAGACAGCGCUUAGUCUUUAUCAAUCCAGACUCGGGCUCCCGAUCACGGGUCGGUUAGAUUCCCGCACGCUGUCCCAGAUCAUGUCACCACGGUGCGGCGUGUCUGACGCUGCAGCGCCGCGCCGCAAGGCGUUUGCUUUCUUUGUAGGCGAGCCACGUUGGGCGCGCGCUAAACCCAUCAACCUCUCUUACGCGCUCUCCCAGUUCGACACCAUCGAUUACAUACCGAGAGCUGAGAUACGUGCAAUCUUGCGUCGAGCGUUCGAUCGUUGGUCACGAGUGAUCCCAGUGAAUUUCAUUGAAUCAGAGGAUUACGAGUCGGCGGACGUGAAGCUGGCGUUCUUUGCAGGGGAUCACGGGGAUGGUGAACCAUUCGACGGGGUGUUGGGCGUGCUCGCGCACGCGUUCUCGCCGAUGAGCGGGAGGUUGCACUUCGAUGCGGCCGAGAGGUGGGCGGUGGACUUUGGAAAGGAGGACUCGCGCGUGGCCGUGGAUUUAGAGUCCGUGGCUACGCAUGAGAUCGGGCAUGUGCUCGGGCUCGCGCACUCGACCGUGCACGACGCGGUCAUGUACCCGAGCCUGAGUCCGAGGAAACGAAAGACGGAGUUAACAGCUGAUGAUGUUGAGGGCGUGCAAGCGCUCUAUGGGUCUAACCCAAAGUUCCAGUUUAGUUCGUUGAUGGAGUCUGUUACUUCGGCUUCUCAGGUCACAAAAGAGACACGUACACGGUGGAGAAGUUGCAUAGGAAUUCUUAUUCUUUUGAUGGUGAUGAUACUUUAAUGAUUCGUUAGGAGAAGGUAGUGGAUGCUUUUGAUUUUUGUGCUUUGAAUCCAAGUUUGGUAUAGAAAAGGGGAAACAAAUAGGAAAUUAAUGGAGAAGACCAACGAAUGGGUUUGAGAUUCUCCAGGGAUUGAUUUUUCUUU